ACAGUCGUAGGAAACUCUACUCGAGCACUGACCCCCUUUACUCGUGUCAUCUUUAACUCUGACUCUGUGUCUCUGCAGGCCGACAUCUGGUCGCUCGGCAUCACGGCCAUCGAGCUCGCCAAGGGCGAACCUCCGCACUCAGAGCUGCAUCCGAUGCGAGUGCUGUUCCACAUCCCCAAGUCGCCCGCUCCGCAGCUGGAGGGAGAUUUCUCCAAGAGCUUCAAAGACUUCACAGAGUCCUGCCUCAACAAGGACCCCACCUUCCGUCCGACAGCCAAAGAGCUCCUCAAACACAAGUUCAUCGUCAAACACUGUAAGAAGACGUCGUACCUCAGCGAGCUCAUCGACAGGUACAGGAGGUGGAAAGCUGAGGGCCACAGCGACAGCAGCUCCGAGGACUCAGACAGUGAGUCCAGUAAUAAGGAGAACAGCGAGUCUCCGCCGUGGUCCUUCACCACCGUCCGCAAGAAGAAGACGGAGGGCAGGAAGGUCCUCAAUGGAACGGGUCAAGAUCAGCUGAGUAAAUCUGCCAGUCUGACAACAGUCAUCUCUCCUGUCUUCACUGAGUUGAAGCAGCAGCACAAGGAGCACUCUGAGCAGCGAUUGGCCAUCGAGGAGUUGGAACGCAACAUCCGAUUGGCUGAAGAGGUCUGUCCAGGCAUCACGGACAGGAUGGUCACACACAUUAUUGCCAGGUACCAGAAAUUCACGACCAAGUGAAGGACUCAAAAAUGGAUCAGAAAAGGAAGUACGUUUUUGCAAAGAGAGACUGUGUCUCCGAACGGUGACGCUGCUGGAUGAUUUGGAAACUGAGGAGAUUUGCUGUGCGAUGUCUCCUCGCUGUACUCACACAUCACACACAUAUACACACAGACACACAUGCACACACACUACUAAUGUAAUAUAUACACUAUAUAUUAGAAAAAAAUAUAUUCACUGCUGUUGGUUGAAGAACUUUUUUUUUUGGAAAUCAUUUUGUUUGAAACUAUUCAUCAGUUGGAUUUUUGAUUUCCGUUUCCCCUUUUUAGUGUAACAAACUAUUUUUUGCUCAAACUUAACUUAAAUUUUCUAUAAAUCUUCUAAAUUACCAUAACGUGCCUUAAUAAUUUAUGCCUUCAUUUUUCUAAAUGUAGACAUCACUUUUUUUUUUUAGAGUUGAUGUCUUUUUUUUUUGUUUUUUUGUUGAAACCACACACAGAAAUAGAAGAAGGUUCUUGCCCACCAGCAGUGGUAUGUACUGUGUCAUGAUAUGUCUUGACUUUGUAGAUGACGAUAUGUUUGUUCAGUAGCACUUGAGACAGAUUAUAUGCCAAUAUUACAUAUUUUUGUUGUCUUCAGUAAUGCUUUUGAAUUACAGUUCCCUGAAAACGACAUUUAGUCGAGGUUAGAUCUACCCUCCAAAGUGAAAUUUUCAGUUUUCAUGGUUAAAUUUGGUCAUUUUAGCUGUGAUUUUACUGCAAUGGAAAUUUUAAAUACUAUUAAUAAUGUAAUCCACCAUUGGAACAGAUCGACUACUGGUGUAUUCAUAUGGAAAGUAUUUGAUCUAAGGUUUAAAAAAAAAGGCUGAAA